AUGCCAUCCGAGCCUGGCAGUGGCCAGGAAUCAACCACUUAUGAGUAUACAUGCUUAUUGUCACCGUGUACUCGAGACGUCUGCGUUAUCCAUGGGCGACCCUCUUCGGCCGAACUAUCAGCUCGAAUUCCCCACGAGGUUGGCGGCUAUUACCCAGAGAACCCACAAAAAUCUUGUGAGCUCGACAACUGUGGAAUUCAUGUUAACCCUAAGAGAGUCUUCUCGAUUCAUCCUGAAGGUAUCAACCGUAUUCGCCAGGACGAACAAGUCGCCCGUCUUCCUAUCAGCGAUACGCUAGGUAUGAAGAAAGACGUGGUUGCUGAGAAAGGCGGCUUAAUUGGCCGAAGCACAUCACCAUCAUCCUCUGCAACGAUGUUUUCCGAGCAGCUAGAGUGGACUGAGAUCGACGGUGAGAAAUUCGUUAAACCCGCUAAGUGGUAUAUCCUAUCGGUUGUGGAAAAGAGUGAUGAUUUGGGUAUCCCGCCCAACCUUGAUUUCGUCAGUAAGAUAUUCUCAAGCGAAGAAGAGCGAGCGCAGGCUUUUGAAGCCCACCGCCGAGACACCGUAACGCGCUACGACGAGACGCCUCCUCUCAUGCUCACCUACGGCAUACAGUAUGCUCCUGAGCCCGGGCAUUACUCUGUCGCUUCGUCCCGAAAGGUCUUUAUUACCGGAAUAGACCCAACUAUGCCUAUGUGGGACAUCAUGGCCGGAGUUCGAGGCGGCAAGAUCCUCAAAGUCACCGCAGCGAUUAGCCCGAUGCCUAUUGACUACACUGUCAUCAUUGAAUUCGUCGAUGCCCACGACGCUAAGGCUUACGUGAACUACGUGGCGGACAAGACAGCUGAUGUGUUUCACCGCGGCGUUGAGGUCACCCUCUUCAAGUCCCACAGCUACCCGAUUUCAAUGGGAACGGAAAAUGACCUGCGACAGAAGUUUACCAGACAGAUUGUGUAUCUCGACUUCUCUGGUUAUUCCCCUAAGGACUUCUUGCACGACUUCGAGGCGAGAUUCCGAAAGCCAGAAGAUGUUCUAGAGGAUCUCUGGUUGGACGAUCACGGACGACUCUGGAUACUCUUCCAGAGUAUUGAGUAUGCCAGUCGCUUCUACAAGCAGACCAUCAGAGAGCUGGAGCGAGAACGUCCAGGUGCGUUUGACGACGAUAUGUAUCGGUUUGCUCCAGACCCUUGCGACAUGCCGCUUGAUGACAUGCAGGAACCCGUUCAAUUGGCACGCGGAUCGCAUCGAAGUUUGUUAGAAGCGUGGAUUGAAGGAAAAUUGGACUCCGAAGAGGAGCACGUUGAGGUCGGCCGGGCUGCUCCGCCUAAAGAAGAAGCUCUUUCCACUGUCAUCCCCCACAGACCCCAUGCUCCUUCCGGCUCUGGUGCUUUACCAACUAUUCCUCUCAUUCCUUCUACCCCGGAGCCACCCAAAGAGAUUCGCGGACUGGGAACCGGAAUGUGGAGCCGGCCGUGGUUUCUCGACGCGGUGCGUAAACUAGACGGACCCGAAUACGAGACGUUUCCUAAGGGGAAUGAGUUUCGACGACACAGAGCGCAGUCCCAGUUCAUGUAUCGACGCCAUCGACGAGACCCGAGCGUAUCUCGCUCGACCUCUCCAAACAAGCCGGGAAACGGCCAAGGCUUCAGUCUUGAAAAGUUCGCUGAAGAGCAGAUGCGUAUUAGAUACGGACAGGACAGCGAUCCCACUACGCCCACGAAUUCUCUCUUGACUAGCGACGUCGACUACGUCAAGCAAUCGAUACUUGCAAUUGAGAAGGCGGACCUGGAAAAGACGGGAGCUGAGAUUAUUCUUCACCAAACCGGAGUCACUGCCACUCAAAGCCCCCGAGAAGCAUCCGGUCCUAAGGUUGGCGAGUCUAACAACCGAGUCGGUUUUGCUCCCGUAGAAUCAUCGCUGUUUAGCUACUGUGACGAAGUCCCUCGCGUGGCAAAAGACGUUCCCAUGGUGGCCAAGUCCAAACUUCCACAGAACGAUCCCGCCUUCACCGAACUCUUGAACCGCGAGCCCGGCGAUUUCGUCUCGAGAGCCGAGGCAGAGGCCACCUUGUGGAUGAAGAAAUUCCGCUCGUAUUCAAAGGAUGAGAUGCUUGCUCUGUAUGGCGACCCGUUCGCCUCUGAAGAAGCUCUGCGAGCGUGGAACGGCGGUGAGGAAUACGACUUGGAAGCUGCGCCAAAGGCUGAGCACACUGAGCGCGAGGAAAAGGAGCAGGAGGACAAGGAGUGUGAGAUGCAGUAA